AUGAUCAAAGCUAAUGAGAACACGUUGAAAAACGAUAUCGAGUUGAUGAUAGACACAUGGGCAGCAAGUCAGGGAGGCGCCGUUCAAGCCGACUAUAAUGAAUUUAAGAAAGAUGCACAGACUGCCUCGAAUCUGCUGGUAGACGUCGUUAACAAUGCCCAAAUCAGCGACGAAGCUAAAGAAGGUUUACGAAAACUUUUUGAGAUUGAGCAUAAUAAAGGUAUCUCGUUGAAUGACGAAAGACGGCUAUCAUCUGCAUUAAUAAACGACCUCAGUGCUACUGCACAAGCUGAACUGACGCAGUUUCUACAAGAUACUAGACGACAGGAUUUGUCGAAAGUUUCGGAGCGGAAAGGUAACAAAAAUCUAUCAUUUGCGUCCAGAAGAGGGCCGUGUGAUGCAAACACUAAUGCUUCCGGUUUGCAACAAUCAGUUUUGCAGUCUCCAAAUGGAACUGAAACAGAUAUUUCGUUAAUCAUUCAAUCGUCACAAGAAGUCGGCUAUUUAUCAAAUUCAUCACCGUAUAGUGACCGAACAGUAGUCCAUCUACCAUGUAUCUUGAACAACAGUAAUUCAGAUGUUGGCCAAAACUUGAGUGAUUUUCAGAAAGCAAGUGAAGAAAACGAUGAAACUGCAGAACAAGCUUUCGACUCUUUUCAAAAUGCAGGUUCUACGAAUCAACAAAACCAAGUAGUAUCGAAGAACGCAAGUGAAAGUGGUGUAAACGAGACAACAACAGUAGCAGUUAACCCUCAGGCACUUCUUGUUAACGCUCAAGGAGGUGCUGUAUCGACCUUGAUAACGCCGGCUUUUUUUGAAACCAUUACACCUACGCUUGAGGUGGCGUCAACGGCUACGCCAUCAACUACCUCUGAAGAAUUCACAGUCCCUGCAGUCGGCACACUCAGUGAAACGCAGUAA